AUGCCGAAGGAUUGGAUGGAUCUACCAAGGUAUAGCGAAGAGUAUAUCAAUGGUGUUAUUAGUUUCUUAGAGUUUGCAUACUCUGAGGGAGAACCGGACGGACAACAAAUUCAAUGUCCUUGUAAGAGGUGUUGUAACAUUGAGUGGUAUAGAAGAGAUGUGGUAUUUGACCAUUUAGUAGCCGAUGGAUUUGUUAAGGGAUAUAGAACAUGGAUUAAUCACGGGGAAUGGACAAUCCCGAUGGUGGUUGAUGAUGACACGGAUGAUGAAGGUGCACGCGAUGACAUCGAAGGAUUGCUUAAUGAUGCAUUUGGAGAUCAUGCUGAGGGUGUUACUGUAGGUCCAAAUGAAGAGGCUAAAAAGUUUUAUAAUUUAAUAGAUGGGGCAAGUCAGGAGUUAUACCCGGGCUGCAAGAAAUUUUCUACAUUAUCUUUUACCAUCCGCCUGUACUUGUUAAAGUGUUUGCACGGUUGGAGCAAUGCCUCCUUCACUUCCCUUCUUGAGCUAUUGAAAGAGGCAAUGCCUGAAAUUAACAUACCUCCAUCUUUCCAUAAGACGAAGGCUAUGAUAAGAGAUUUAGGUCUGGAUUAUAAAAAAAUUGAUGCUUGUCCUAAUGAUUGCCUCCUGUAUAGGAAAGAACUAAAGGAUGAAACACAAUGUCGUGUAUGUGGAACAUCUCGAUAUACUGAAAAUUCUAGUGAUAAUAGCGAGAACCAACCUCACAAGAAAGGUCGUCCUAUUCCUGCCAAGACUCUGAGAUACUUUCCUAUAAUUCCAAGACUUCAGCGAUUAUUUAUGUGCUCAAAAAUGGCAGCUAGUCUGAGGUGGCAUGAUGAGGAGCGCGUUAAAGAUGGGACGUUAAAGCAUCCUGCUGAUGGACUGGCAUAG